AUGGCUGGGGAGAUAGUCUAUGCCGAUCUGAACCUCUCCCCUGGCUUUCCCAGCUCCAGGGCUCCCCUUUCAGCUCAGCCCCACAGUCCCCCAAGUCCCCAGUGGCAUCGGACAGCGCUGUGGGUCGGAUGGAUUGGGAAUAUUGUCCUGGUGAUUGCUGUGAUAGCGCUGGGGAUUUGGGUUUUUCACUUGGUGUCUGAGAAGAGACAGACCCCGGCAGCCCCUGGGAGCGACAGAGCCGGGAGCAGAGAUACAGCGACAGCCCCUGGGAGCGCAGACACCUGCACAGCAGAAUGCAGCGCUCGCCUGGAGCGAUUCCGAUCCCGGCUGUGCCACCCAGCCCCGCCCGGCCCAGCAGGGGGCUCUGGGUGCAAACUCUGCCCCACGGACUGGCGGCUGCGCGGGGACAAGUGCUACUGGGUCUCUGGAGGAAGUAAAACGUGGAGCGAGAGCCGAGCCGACUGCUCAGCGAGGGGCUCCCAGCUGCUGGUGAUCCGGGACCGGGAGGAGCUG